UUGUCGGAGAAGCCGCAGCGCCGCCUCUUCUCUCGCGUCCUCGCAUCCGUUGCUGCCGCCUCUUCCUCCGCCUCCUCCUUCGCCUCUUCCUGCCUCCUCCCGGCUUCCGCCGCCGAUCCAGCCGCUUCCCAACCCCGGGGCGAAGCGUCUCCUUAUUUAUUUCCGUUUUCUCGCCACUACCGCCUCCUGACACGGUGAUCCGGGCGGGCCCCGCAGGAAUUUUAUCCCCUCACCGGCCUCACACUAGUAUCGCAUGUCCACUAUCCAGAACCUCCAAUCUUUCGACCCCUUUGCUGAUGCAACUAAGGGUGACGACUUACUCCCGGCAGGGACUGAGGAUUACAUUCAUAUAAGAAUCCAGCAACGGAACGGCAGAAAGACACUGACUACUGUUCAGGGCAUUGCAGAUGAUUAUGACAAGAAGAAACUUGUGAAAGCUUUCAAAAAGAAAUUUGCCUGUAAUGGUACUGUGAUUGAACAUCCCGAAUACGGAGAGGUUAUUCAGCUUCAAGGUGACCAAAGAAAAAACAUUUGCCAGUUUCUCUUGGAGGUUGGCAUUGUCAAGGAGGAACAGCUUAAGGUUCAUGGAUUCUAAAAUGAACCUAAAUACGUGGAGAAUUUCUUGAAUAAUUUUGUUCUCUAAACCAAGUUUGGCUGCCUUGUGAAAUGAUUCUCUGCAGUAAACGGACUUUUCAUUUAUUUAAUCAUUCAAACUUCCAUUCACAUCUGCAUGAUUACAGAAAACAUGGGGUAUGUAGACUAGUAACACAUAAGAAAAUUGCAGUAAGAUGGUAAUGAAACCCCGUAUUCAUCUUAACAUGUUUCCAAUGGAAAAUAUUUUUUUUGAGUGUUUAUUUGUUUAUUCAGUUUAUUACUUUUCACUUGAUUAAAUUUUUUUGUUGUAUUAAACCAUGUAUGUUGCAGCUUAACAAUAAAAAAAAAAUCUAUGAA